AUGUUUGCCGUCCCAGGAUGGUCCGUCCCAAGCUCUGCUCUGAAGCAGCAGCAGGAGCCCGGAUCGCAAUCUCAAAACCAGUCGCAACAGACUAAUGGAUCGCCGAAAGCAAAUGCUAAAUCCAACAAGCGGAAGCGCGGCAAUGACCAUGUCACCAAAGCAAACGUCGAUGAAAUGUACCGUCGACACAUAGCAGGUCACAAGGGCACCCCGAAAUCCCAGAAGCAGGGUGCGAACAAUGCCGCGAAACCUAGCAAGAAACAAAAGAAGGAGCAUAAGGCAGGCAAUGAAGAAGCUUCUAUGCCAGAAAAGCAGAACAAUCAGAUGAAGAGAGACGGCCACAAGGACAAAGAGGAUACAUCGAGCAGUGCUCAGGAUGUCGGAAAUAAGGCGGAUAAGAAGGAAAAGAAGCUGAAGAAUAAGAACAAGAAUCAGACCAAGGAACAGAAACAAGCCGCUUCUCACGAAGGCGAAUCCGUUAUCCCUCCUGCUCCGCCGAAAACAGAAGCGAUUCUUACACCCCUUCAGCAGGCUAUGCGGCAGAAGUUGAUAUCCUCCCGUUUCCGCCAUCUGAAUGAGACGCUGUAUACAACACCUUCUUCUAAAGCCCUUGAACUGUUCACCUCCAACCCCGAGCUUUUCGAUGAGUACCAUGCGGGGUUCUCUCGCCAGGUCAAAGAGUCGUGGCCUUCCAACCCUGUUGAUGGCUACAUCGCGGCUAUCCGCAAGAGAGCAGGCGUGUCGUCAGGUUCCAAGAAGGGCAACAAACCUGACAACAAGAAGAGCACGCAGGCGCCGCCGCUUCCUCGGAGACCUAACGGCCUCUGCACAGUCGCUGAUCUGGGCUGCGGUGAUGCCCAGCUCGCGCAGGCUCUGACUCCCUCUGCGCAGAAAUUGAACCUGAAGUUGCUCAACUUUGACUUGCAUGCUCCACCAGGCUCACUCAUCACCAAAGCAGACAUCUCCAAUUUGCCCGUUGCCGACGGGUCCGUGGAUGUGGCUAUUUUCUGUCUGAGCUUGAUGGGCACCAACUGGGUGUCUUUCGUUGAAGAAGCGUGGCGGGUUCUUCGCAGCGAUGGCAAGGGCGAAUGCUGGGUCAGUGAAGUCAAGAGCCGCUUUGGCAAGGUUGUCCGCAAGAGAGCCCAGAUUGGUGCACGCAAACCGCUCAGCAAGUCCGAGAAGAAAAAGCUCAAGAAGAAGCAAGCGGGUGAGGACGAUGCCGACUCUGAUGUGGACGAGGCAGAUAUCUACGCAGAAGACGCUCGUCAGGCCGAUGAUGACGAAACUGAUAUCUCGGCCUUCAUUGAGGUGUUCCGCACGCGUGGCUUCGUUCUCAAACCUGAAUCGGUUGACAAGUCGAACAAAAUGUUUGUGAAGAUGGAAUUUGUCAAACAAGGUGGUGCCCCGACAAAGGGCAAAUAUGCCUCGGUCGCUCCAGCUGGAACAGGACCCGGCAAGAAAAGAUUCAUCGACAAAUCUACUGAUGUUGGUGCUGGCAUGUCUCUCGAGGAAGAGGCCCGUGUCCUCAAGCCUUGUGUCUACAAGAUUCGGUAG